GACACUCAACCAAAACAAAUAUACAAUAUAUGAAGCAGGAGCAGGCCUUUCGGAUGUUUUUGUGUGUUUUGUUAGCCUCCUUGUGCCAUGAAAUUCGGCAAGAGUCUUAGCAACCAGAUAGAGGAAACCUUGCCUGAAUGGCAAGACAAAUUUCUCUCCUACAAGGAGCUCAAGAAGAAGCUGAAGCUCUUGGAGCCCAUAGGUGGCGGCGACAAUCGCCCAAACAAGCGUUCGAGAUCCGACCCAAAUUCCAGCGACACAGAUCCAACGAAGGAGGAACUUGAUUUCAUUCGCCUUCUCGAGGAAGAGCUCGAGAAAUUCAAUUCUUUCUUCGUCGAGAAAGAGGAAGAAUACAUCAUUAGAUUGAAGGAAUUGAAGGACCAAGUGGCAAAGGCAAGCAAUUCAAAUGGAGAUAUGAUUACUAUAAAGAGAGAGAUUGUAGACUUUCAUGGAGAAAUGGUCCUGCUGAUGAAUUAUAGUGCUCUCAAUUAUACAGGGUUAGCUAAGAUUCUCAAAAAGUACGACAAAAGAACCGGUGCUCUUAUCCGACUACCAUUCAUCCAAAAGGUUCUGCAAGAACCUUUCUUCACCACUGACCUGCUCAACACAUUUGUGAAAGAGUGUGAGGCUAUGCUUGACCGCCUCUUCCCGUCUAACAAAAAACGGAAUCUUGAGGAAGACAAAUCAGAGCCAACAACGUCUGGAACUGUCAAGUCAGAAACUAACAGUUCUGAUCUUCUCAGACUUCCAAAAGAUUUGUCUGAGAUUGAGUACAUGGAGAGCUUGUAUAUGAAGAGCACUGUCUCCGCUCUAAGGGUUUUAAAGGAAAUCCGCAGCGGUAGCUCAACAGUUAGCGUCUUCUCGUUGCCACCAUUACAGGCUAGUGGAUUAGAUGAUGAUUCAUGGAAGACGAAAAUUGGUGCCCUGGAACAAGUAGCGGAAUGAAUUGUGACUUAUUAUCAUAUUGCAAUCUCUCUUUUCUUUAAUAGUUAUGUACAAGUAAUCGAAUUCACUUAAUCUUGUGUAAAAGAUGAAACAAAACUUAGAGCUGUGACCAGCAUUACACAUUUUGCCUUUGCUGCGUU